CAAACCCAAUGCAUCAAACUUCGCCAUUAUUUCAACAAAACCCAGUCCCUCCACCACCUGUACUGUUAUCAGCGAAGAAUGCCAGCAGUAUCUCACCCAGUCCCUUCAACUCUGGCGGCACACGUCUCUCUGAACCAUACUUCUCAGUGGCAGAGGAAAGCAAGAAAGCAUGUCAUAAUUUUUUCUGUAUGAAAAGGUUGUCAGAAGCUGAUAAUCAUGGAUACAUAUUUCUGUUUAGCUGUUAUCCAGUUCAUCCAGUUAUCCAGUGUGGACCCACAUGUGGAAUGGUAGCACUGGCUAUGGCUUCAGAAUUAGUUGGAGACGGUUGUGUUACAACUGAAGAAAUUCUGUCAGAAGCUACAAAAAGAGAAUUUAGUAAAUCUGGUGAAAUGUUCUCAGCAUCUGCUAUGCAAGAAUUAGCUUCACAUUUCCUGCCUUGUCAGACUGAAUGUUUGCGUCUGCAACACACCGAAUCACCCAGCUGGUAUCAUGGAAGAGAACUUAUUGAGCAGCUUGCGAACAGAAACAUUGCUCUAGUUCCAUAUGAUGCUGAUAGAAAUCAUGCUCCUUGCCAAAAGUUAGGCCACAAAGCUCACUGGGCCUUGCUGACAGGUUUCUUUAUUGCCUUCAGAGAUCCAGAUGUGCCUGAGGAGUUUCUAAGACAUUGUGAAAGGGAACCAGAUACACCAAGCAUAUACUAUUGGCCUACAAACCCAGAUGCCUCAUUAUGCAACCAAUUGACAGAUCUGGUUUUAGAGAACAAAGCUGAUGUAUUGGUACUUGGACGUCACGGAAAGUGCAAAUAUACUGGCUUAUGGCCCCUGAAAGAUCUGGUUCUAAGCAAUGCCAAUUUGGUGGAGGUCUCGCCAGAGAGAACCAGUGAUGUGUAUGUGAUACCUUAUGGGGGUUUAGAUGCUGGGCUGAGAUCACAGGUUGUGAUUAUUCACUCAAACAUCAAGUCAUGA